AUGUUUAUUUAAAUUUGGAGGAAGUAUUUUUUGUCGUUCUACAUUUUUACAAAGAUUCUUUAAGCUUGCUUAAUUUGGUUUAUUUUGCAAAUCAUUUAAGAAUAUGAUAUCUUACUGCUAGUUGUCUUCAUAGGGUGCAUUUUGUUUGAGAGGAUAGCAACUUUCAAUAUAAAAGCCAAUAGUAUAAGCCUAUCUAAAUUAUAAUAUAUGUUUUACUUCCUUUUUUCGCUACUCCACAUUGAUGAUAUUUUUAUGCUUAUCUUUUAUAAAAAAUUCUAAAACUACUUCAGGACAGGACUAGGAACGUCUUGUUACGUUAGCAAUUUAAUUUACAUAGCUAUUUCGAGCAGUUUUAUUUAAUGGCUAAGUGAAAAAGAGGUUUUCUAACAGCCUUAAGUUUUAAUUGGACUUAUUCCAAUAUUAUCUAUAAUAAUCGUUGUUCACAUUAUUAAGUAUUUAGUUUUUUUCAAUAACGACUCUAAUUAAAUUGAGUAAUUAAAUACCACGUCUAAAUUGGUUUUAAAUUUACUCAUUUAAUGGAUCCUAACUACUUCCUAUUUAAUGGGAUUGAUUAUAUGCUAGUCUAUUCCCUUUUUUACUUAUUACUGGUUUUCUUCCCUUGGACUAUUUUUCCUUAUUUUCUUGAUUAAAUUUAAAAAUGAAAUUAUUUUUUCUGAAAAGGCGCUGUUUAUGAAGGUUUCUGAAGUAUUUAUAAUAUGCAUCUAAAUUAUUUACCAUGUCCCUAUAGAUUUAAGGGUUUCUUACAAUAAGUGUAAUUUUGAUUAUAUUAGAAGAUUCGGGUGUAGUUUUAUGAACUGGCUAUUAACAUUUUUUUUCUCUUAAAUGUUAUUCAUCUUUUUGUCAUAUUUAUUGACCAUUAAAUUCUAUGAAGAUUCCAUUUAAAACCCUUAUAAGAUAAUCUAUUUAGUAUUUAUAGCUAUUAGUUUAGUCGUUCAUUUGAAGAGAUUAAUUACUAUUGUAAUUCAACCAAUGAUAUAUGGACCAAGAGUUAUACAAAUUAAACAAAUCGACUAACUAAUUAAAUACAAUAAUAAUCAGAUAUAAGAAAAAUUUUAAUAAUUAGAAAUAGUGUUUAUAAAUCUGACUGAAUUUGGAGAAAAUAUAGAGUAAUAAUUACUAUUUAGUAGUUUAUUUAAAUUUGGAAAAAGUGAAAUAAGAAUAAAUACUUCUCAUUACACAAGACUAAAUAUUCAAACAUAAGAGAAAUAUAAAUAUUAAUAAAUAACGCUUUAAAGUAAUUUAUAAGAAAAUAUGCUUAUAAAAGAACUUUAAAAUAAUAAUAUUUUACCAUAAAUUUGGGAAAUUAGCUAUAUCAACAAUUCAUAAAAUUAAAUUUUACAUUAUUUAAGCAUUCUUAAAAUUUUUAUUAAUAAUAACCAAUAUGUAAAAAUUUCAACUUAAAAAAUUGAAUUGGAUUUAUACUAAAAAAUUCUAGAUAUUCACUAAGCAUUUAUAAUUAAAAUCAGAGUAAUUAUAUACCUACAAAGAAUUGCUUUUUCAAAAUCUUUUGAGAAGCAAUUAAUUUUUAAUCCUCAUUAAAUAUUCUAUGAUCUUUAUGAUAUUUGA